AUGAUGAGUUGGAAGAUGUUUAGACCUGCUUAUAGUUUCUUGAUUGCUAAGAACCAGAAAAUUCUUGUUUGCUUCGAUGAUCAAAUGUCAAAAGCAAUGACGGGCAAUGAACUGAGAGGCGUAAAUUACAUUCAAUCCAUUGGAUCAUGUUCAUGCGUCCCGAAAGCAAACAUUCGUUACAAAGUUACUACUGUUGAUCUGAUGGCUGGUGGAGUUGGUUGCAUGGCUUACGUUCACCAUGGUAGUGAUUUCAUGUGUUGGAACAUUACAGACUGUCCUACCGAAUUCGACUACGUGAUAGAACACCACAAGUGCUAUAAGAUGCAGUACACACAGCAAAACUGGCAAGUCGUAAAGUCAUUAUGUAACAGCAUCUCGUUCUCCCAUGCCAUUGUCACUGAUGAUUUUCUUGAGAACACAAUCUCCCUUGAUUACGUCAACUUUACUUAUUUCGACCUUACCCAAUGCUCUCUACCUCAUCUGACAAAUUCUUUUGGAUUUUUCACAAGUGGCAUUCAAGAGUACGUUGAUGGCGUUCGAACGUUCAUCUGGUCGCCUUACCCUGGAAUUCAAAAGCCCGUGCAAAUUGAUGAAACAGUUUGGUUUGAAGGAGAACCCAAUUCACCUCCAGAUGAAGGGAAUGCCUACUGCAUACAAAUCCUCCUUUUAAUAUAUACCGGGUGGGACGAUAUACCGUGUAGCGAAUUUCGCUGUGUCCUCUGUGAGUUACGAGCGUUCAAGUUUUACGACAAUAACAUAACACAACAUGACACAACACAACAUAGCAUAAGUCGGUUCAAACCAAAAGUCCUUAUGCCAAGUGAACAUUUGGAGCAGUUGACCACAAAAAAGUUUAGACCUGCCUUUAGUUACUUGAUUGUAAGGAAUCAUAAACUGCCUGCUUGUUUCGAUGAUCAGAUGCUCGUCACUACCAAAGUUAAAGUCAGGAGUUUGAAAGAAUGUAUUGCAAAGUGUUUGGUUAAAAACAACAAUAAACUAAGAGGAGUGAACUACGUAGCGUCUAACAACUCAUGCUCGUGUUUUCCGAUCGCAAAGAUUCGAUUCAGUCUGAUUUCUACCACGGUUGCCGGCGGUUGCAGAGGAUUUGCUCUGCAACAUGCUCUUCCUGGCUUGGUGUUCUCUUACAACAGCGUAACCGCAACAGCAGUGAGCAGUGUUUGUACUGAAAACUGUCCAGUCACGUUUGAUUACAUUCUAGAGUACCACAAGUGCUACAAAAUGCCGGACAAGAUUUUGAGCUGGUACGAUGGGAGGAUGCUCUGCAACAACAUUUCAUCUUCUCAUCCAAUCACAGUCGACGAUGAUGUUGAGAACGAAGUUUCGCUGCAAUAUGUCGAUUUCGUCACUAAAAACUACCAGUGGUGCCCAGGAUCUGAUUACAGCGACUGGUUUGCGUUCUACACGAGUGGCAUUCGAACGUACAUGAACGGUACAAGGACGCCUUUUCUCUGGUUUUCCUACCCGGGCAAGUACAAAACCAUGCAAAGCUCGUCAGUCUGGCACAGCGGCGAGCCAAACUCUGCUGACAUUGGACUGGACUACUGCGUGCAGAGUAUACUCUACGGCUACUUUGGCUGGGAUGACCAGCCAUGCACAGCUGCACUCUGUGUUCUCUGUGAGUUUGAUAUGACGGACUGA